UUUCUACAAGAUUCUUCAGCGCGAGUACUUGCCUUGAUUUGAGAACAGAGCAUGGGCAAAAGCUCUCUCUUCACGAGGAAAAUAGAGAAAAGUGAAUCAAAAAGUUUGUAUAAAAUAAAAUAUUUUGAUUGGAUUGUCAGUGUGUUCAUAAGCUAGGGUUUCGUUUGGGUUUUUCAAUUUUGCAAAGAAGAGAAGGAACAUAAGAAAAUGUGGCCUUUUUGGUGGAAAGGAAUAUCUGGGUUCUCUGCUCGUUCCACAGCUGAAGAAGUCACUCAUGGAAUCGAUGGUACUGGUCUCACCGCCAUCGUCACAGGAGCAUCAAGUGGUAUAGGGGAAGAGACUACGCGUGUUCUUGCUCUUCGUGGUGUCCAUGUGGUAAUGGCGGUUAGGAACACAGAUUCUGGUAAUCAAGUCAGAGAAAAGAUACUUAAGGAAACACCUGAAGCUAAGAUUGAUGUAAUGAAGUUAGAUCUUAGCUCAAUGGCUUCAGUCAGGAGCUUUGCAUCAGAAUACAAGUCCUUGGACCUUCCCUUGAAUCUUCUCAUCAAUAAUGCAGGUAUUAUGGCAUGUCCCUUCACGCUUUCAAACGAUAACAUUGAAUUGCAAUUUGCAACCAAUCAUUUGGGUCAUUUUCUGCUGACGAACCUUCUUUUGGAUACGAUGAAGAAAACAGCUAAUGAAAGCAAUAGAGAAGGAAGAGUUGUUAUUGUCUCAUCAGAAGGUCAUCGAUUUACUUACCGGGAAGGGAUUCGGUUUGACAAAAUAAAUGACGAAGCAAGUUACAAUACUUUGCAAGCAUAUGGGCAGUCAAAGCUCUGUAACAUAUUGCAUGCUUCUGAGCUCGCUAAGCAGUUCAAGGAACAAGGUGUGAAUAUCACUGCCAAUUCACUUCAUCCCGGAUCCAUUAUGACCAAUCUUUUGCGCUACCACAGCUUCAUAAAUACGAUUGGUAAUGCGGUGGGAAAGUUUGUGCUGAAGAGUAUUCCACAGGGAGCAGCAACUACAUGUUACGCAGCGCUACAUCCGCAAGCAAAGGGAGUGAGUGGAGAGUACUUGAUGGAUAACAACAUAUCUAACCCUAAUUCUCUCGCUAAAGACAAAGAUUUGGUCAAGAAACUAUGGGAGUUUAGCUUGAGCCUAACUGGUGAAGAAGAAUCAUAGAUGCAUUUGCGAAGUUACAGUCUUACAGAAAAAGCCAUGUGGUUUAAAUGUGUGGCUGUAAAAAGAUAUGUUGGGUCAGUUCUCUUAACAAAAUAUUACACUUUUAUAUAUAUACUAAGUUCUAGUUCUCUUCUUUUUUUUUAUGAAUAAAAAAUUCGAUUUCUAAAGCAUUUGUAAAGUGUUGAUUUUGAUUUUUAUGUAAUGAAAACGAAUGUUCAUGUACGUAAAGGUUAUUAAAGUUUGUUGACUCCUUUGCAGCC